AUGGUAUCUAGAAUCAAGAACCAAUUUACGUUAUAUUUUAUAAUCAGCAAUGUGUUAGCCCUUGGCUGUAUAUAUCAUGCCUUUGACACCCGCCCCAAUUUCUUGUCUGCGUGUAUCUUCCUUUCAGGGGGCUUGAAUGUCAUCAUUAUUGGCAAUUGGCUCAUUUUAUUGGCAGUACUAUUGGGUAAAUUCCUUCAGGUGAUGCUAUUUGGGGAGUUGAGACUUGUGGAAGUCACCCAUAUAUACGAGCAAAUGGGUUUCACUUUGACUACCUCAUUAUUUGGCUUGGCCACAUUCAGGGUGGAGAAUGCCCUAGUUUCUGGGAGUCUUACCAUCUUUAACAUCACUUUGAAAGUGUUUCACUGGAUAUUAUUUGAUAGAAUUGACGGCCUUUUCCAAGUUAGUGAUGAAGAUCAAUUAUACAGUUUGAAAAGAGUAUUAUUCAACCGAAUUCAUAUCGCAAUGGGAGCAUUAUUGUUUGUUGAUUACCACUUUAUUUCAUAUUGUAUUGGUAGCUCUUAUGAAAACCCCUCAGAUAUCUAUGUUGCUUACGAAUUCGAAGUUGGUCUUUUGUUUUUGGGAAUCAUCUUCAAUAUCUUCAAAAUAUUGAUCCAUGUGUUUGAGAUUAUCUAUCUCAAACAAUAUCCUGAUGAGGAAUCUUUUGAGAAUAAAGGUCUUUUAAUUCAGGUGGUUGACCUAGUGCAUGUCUUUAUCAAAGCGUUAAUGUACAUUUUACUCCUUUCGAUUUUCCUCAAUCCUUAUAACUUCCCAAUUCAUGUCAUUAGAGAUUGCUUUAUAUCGUGCAUGGCAUUUUACAAAAAGUUGAAAGAUUUUAUCCACUUCAUGAAGAAUGCCAAAAGAAUUGACAAUUAUUUACCCAACGCCCACCAGGAAGAUUUGGAAGGCAGUAAUUCUUUGUGUAUUAUUUGCCGAGAAGAUAUGACCACAGAAGGCUUGACCCAAGGCCAUAGGUUGUAUCCAAAGAAAUUGAGAUGUAAUCAUAUCAUUCAUUUGGGUUGUUUGAAAAGUUGGUUGGAAAUAUCCCAACUUUGUCCAAUGUGUCGAGCCCAAGUGUUUGAGAACCUGGAUUUUGCUGAAAAUAGCAAUGCCAAUAAUGGUAAUAAUAAUAACAAUAAUAUAAAUGACGAAAAUAACGAUAAUAAUAACAAUAAUAAUGCUCCUGGAAUUAAUAGGGAUGUCAUUAACCCGACUCCAACAAUCGAGAUAAUAAAUAAUCGACCGCAACCAGAGGAUUUCUUUGAAAAUCAACUAACAGCAAGAAAUUUUCAAAAUGGGAUCCUUCAGCUUGACGCUGAUGCUCUUAUCCCUGAUGAUUGGACGCUAUUACCACUUGAAACAACUGCCGAUACCGGUACUUUUAAGGUAUGUUUAGGUGGAGAUAACUGGGCCACUCUUGAAAUACAAGAUAAUAAAUACACACCAGAUACCUCGGAAAAAAGUCAAGACAAGGAACAAAUUGAUGUUUUGGGUAUCCCAGAAGGAACAAGUGCUAGUAUGAUGAAGAGCUUUUCUCCAUCAAUGAGGGAUGGUAGUACAUUAAGCACAGGUGAAUCAUCAACAGAAUUAUUAAGGAAAUGUCUUGCAAAAUUGCAACAAUUGGACAAGAAGAUAUCGGGAAGCGAAAAAUCAGCAGUGAUUGAUGAGGAGGAGGAGGAGGAGGAGGAGGAGGAGGAGGAGGAGGAAGAAGAAGAGCUUGGUCAGAUAUUAAGAGGUAUUGAGCUGGACUUAAAAAUGCUGGUUGGACGACAGUAUUAG